AUGGCGACCGUUCCUGCCAUCCUGAGGAAGAAAGGAUACCUGAGGAGAGGAGGAGGAGACAGCAGUGGAGCAAACGCACAGAUGAAGAUUGAUAGAGGAGACAUGGAUGGAAACACUUCUGCAUUUCUCCACAGUCUCCGGGGGGAAGCGGGAGCAUCAGUGAUACACCGCCGCGCGCUCCGCUGCAGGAGGCUGGACGUCAAUCACACAGAGGUGUGGAUGGAUGUUGAAUAUUUCAGCUCUCAGCAGCAGCAGCAGCAGCAGCAGUCUGUCUCAAUGGAGAGGGAAUUGAUCUGCGGAGACUGUAACAUGGUGUUUCGCUCCACUGGGCUGCUUGAAAAACACCAAGCACUCCUCUGCGUUGGGAGCGAGGUAGGACACCUUCAGGUGCAGAGACACAGCUCUGAACUUCUCACAAGAGACAAACCUGGAUAUGUGGAGCAUAAACAGACAAGAACCCCUGACCUUGUUCAGCUGAGAGGUCAACAAAGGAACAUGACCAGGUGGAGGAGUGUUGAUGCCAAACCUCAGCCAGCAAGAGCAGAGGACAAACUAGCAACCAGCCAGAUUGAGAGGGCAACUCUGCAAGACCUCACACAUGAGGCAAGUGGGCAUCAGCUGGGUCACAGUGAGAGACUUGAGGAGAUGAGGGAAAUGGCGACGCUCCACGAGCGCCAACUGGCCCUGAUACGUGCUCACAACCAGCAGCUGGAGCAGCAGAGAGAUGAGCUGGCCCAUCAGGUGAGUGUCCUGUCUGAGCAAAGCAGCACAACUCACCUGGAGAGUCUGCUGAUGGAGCUCAGAGAGCAGGAGGAGAGAAACGAGGAGACGCUGCAACAACUCGCUGAACAUCUGCAUGGAUUACGUGUGCAAGAGGGCUCUGUACCUGCUGAUCAGCCAGAUCCACGCAAGAAUAAAAAGAUGCAUCAUGACAGCUACAAGCUCAUUUUGUCUGCAGAUGGCCCUCUCUCUGCUCAGAUAAAAGCCCUGUGGCAGGCAUACAUGCAGUCAGGUGGGUCAGAUCCAGCCAUUGUGGCACAAAUGGUUGACCUGCAGGCAGAAGCCCAAAGUCUGGAGAAGAACCAACCAGCGACAGCCGGCGAGGCCAAAAUGAAGAAGAUGAAGCCUCCUCGGCGGGGUCCAGGCUGGGAGCUGCUGGCUGUAGAGCAGGAGAACCAGAGACUGGAAGUGGAAAUCCUCAGGAUCCAGCUGGCAAGGGAGCGACACCAUAACUAUGAUGCAGCAGUGAGGACUGAGCUUGAGCUGAUUCAGAGGGAGAACCUCCUGCAGAUUGCCAGUUUACAGGCAGAGAUGGAGAGAAGCAAAGCUCCCAGGCCCAGGAGACAGCCUCCUCCGCCUCCCCCACCUCCACUCCCACUCCAGCCCAACACUCACAUUCAUGCACCUCUUUCACUGUUUCAGGCCAGACCCCUUUCUUCUCCACUGGGAAGAUUUGUUUUGGACUCCCUGGAUUCUCUGGGUCCGGCUCCCUACGACCCUGCAGCUGGUUUUGUGGUUUUCUACGACCUGUUGCUGGGAGUUGAUGUUUCUCAGAGGGUGCUGCGUUUGGUGGUAGCUCUCCUCGCAGAAGGUCAGGAGGUGGGAUCGCCGACUCUGCUGCCCCCUGUUCAGUGCCUGCCGGGACUUUCCCUUCCUUACACCCACAGCCUCACCCCUUGGAACUACGCUCUCCUGUCGAUCAAACAGCCUGUGCCCAGGAUCCAGCCGACACCAUCCCUUUGUCUAGUGGUGGAGGUGCAGGCAGCCAGAGAUCUGAACGUUCACAGCCAGGAGGUCUUAAAACUGACGUCCUGUGGCUGGACACGAGUGGACCUCUUUGACCAGUACAACCAGCUCCGUAGUGGCCACUGGAGGGUGCCAGUGCGCAGUCUGCCCAUUCAACCCUCCUUAAAUCUUGCCCAGCUCAACUCAGUACCACAGGUGGGCAACAUGGAGCUGUGUGUACGCUUGGUCAAUGGAAGAGAUGGAGAUGUUCAAACCCUGGCAAAACCUGACCCAGCCAGCACCAGUCGCUACAAAUACCCAGCUGUGGUGUCCUCACAUCCUGCGACUGUCCAUGGAAACGCAGCUCUGCCAGUUUCAGCUCCAAAGCCCACAAGAGUGGAUGACGUGUCCUCUUUUUUGUCUUUCACUAAUCACCAAGACCCUCCACCCACAAAGGCCAGUCAGAGUUGA